AGAGAAAUGAUUCUUAAGGAGUCCAUUUAGAAUGUGCUGACACAGAAAGAACGUGCAAAGCAACUUGCAGGGCAACGUAUAAACCAAUUUGCAAAAUCAGGAUGAAACAAUAGCUUGCUGAUUAAAGAAGCGAUACGGGUAACGGGAAGACAUGCUUAACGGUUGAACAAUAACGGUGUUAAUGCGCUGAGGCUGAUAAGUGGGCCAAAGGGUAAUCACAUUUGUAAUUUUGUAAUGAGAUUAAGGAAGAAUGUCUGCACCUCACAUGGGUGCAACUCACAAAGUCGUAAACAAGUAGGGUAUAAAAAACUGUGCAAAGUGUAAUUCGGCACUCAAUCUAGCAGGAGCUGGUUGGGUCCAACUCUGCAGACUCGAAAAAUAAAGUUUACCGUUCUGCAAAUUGCUGAGACUCAGUGUGUUUCUGACAACGUGGGGGCUCGUCCGGGAUCCACACUCCGGCCGCGGUGGACACGAGGAAGGACAUCGGAGACGGUGCACCCCGCCGAGUUUGGCGGUCCCUGACUCCUUGCUCGUCGCUCCAACGCGGCUUGAGCGAGUGAUAUCCGGACAGCGCAGAGCGGUAAACGGGGAGAAGGGGACAGUACCUGGUACUGGAAGUCCCCAGGACGCACCGGGUAAGUGCCUACUAUUAUAGUAGAAGGGUGCGGGAAUAAGUAAGGACGGAGAAGACCGGGAUCGCUACCCGGGGGUCCUCCUGAUAAAAGUCCUUGGGACGCACCGGGUAAAGUGCCUACUGUUGCAGUAGAAGGGUGCGGGAUUAAGUAAGAGCGGAAUAAGAUGGGAGGGGGUGGCUCUAAAAAGGAAGAGGAAACGGAGAGACCGGGACCAUACCCGGGGGUUCCUCCUGAUAGCCCCCUCGGUAGAAUGUUUGAGAAUUGGGGAUGUGGAAGACUAAAAGAGAAACAAAAGAAAAAAAUGAUACAGUACUGUUUAAUUUGGUCGAAACAGCCGAUAGAAAAACCUGCGGUCUGGUGGCCGCGGCUUGGGUCUGAGGAGGAUUGGGUACGACAAGCCUUAAACAUUUACGUUAAUUCAAAACCAAAUGUAAAACCGGAAGAAAUUGCUUAUGCUUUUUGUUGGGCUCCCUGGCCAGGAGUAACAACAAAGAGUUUUAAAUUGGGCAUUAAAGGGGAGCGGAAGUGGGACCCACUCGAUCAUUUACCCCCUCCCUAUGUCCAGCCUUCUGCGCCAAUUGCGGGAGCAGAGGGAGGACGUGAAGAAAGUGAAAAAACAGAAGAAAUAGACCCGGAGAGGGAUGUUAGGGAAAAAGCAAAAGCAAGGAUCGAAACAAGGAGUGUGACAGGAGCAGAUAAGAAAAAGAAAGACGAAUUAAAAAAGGAAGAGGUACAGCUGUGUCCCCUUCGAGAGGUUCCAAUGGGAGGAGAACGGGGAGGAACAGGAUUUGUAAACGUCCCUCUGACAAGUACCGAAGUACGAGGAUUUAAGAAAGAUAUGAAAACUUUAUUAGAAGAUCCGAUGGGACUGGCAGAACAGUUGGAUCAAUUCUUAGGACCUAAUGUUUACACUUGGGAAGAAAUGCAUGCGAUUAUGGGAACGCUAUUUUCUGCACAAGAGAGGCAAAUGAUACGACAAGCUGCAAUAUCAAUUUGGGGAAGGGAACAGCCGAAUGAGUUACCGGGGGACCGGAAAUUUCCAGUAAACGACCCACAGUGGAACAAACAAGCAGAAGAGAGAAGACGGCAAUAUCCCAUUGCCAUGGAAGGGAGGAGCGGAUUACAACCUGUAAUUGAGACAUUAGUAUCAGAUGGACUCCUGGAAGAAUGUAUGUCACCCUUUAAUACCCCCAUCCUACCGGUCCGAAAGCCCGACGGCACGUAUCGAAUGGUUCAAGAUCUGAGAGGCUUAAAUGCGGUAGUCCAAACACGAUACCCGGUAGUGCCUAACCCCUAUACAUUAAUGAGCAAAAUACCUCCUGAACAUGAAUGGUUCAGUGUGAUAGAUCUAAAAGAUGCCUUUUGGAGUUGCCCGUUGGAGGAAGGUAGCCGAGAUAUGUUCGCAUUUGAAUGGGAAAAUCCCUUCACUGGGCGGAAGAAGCAACUCCGGUGGACCGUCUUGCCCCAAGGGUUCACGGAGUCCCCAAACCUAUUCGAACAGAUACUGGAGCAAGUAUUGGCUGGAUUCCAUUGUACCGAAAAGAACCAACUAUUACAGUAUGUCGAUGACCUACUACUAUCGGGACCAGCAGAGGAGGUAGUGCGAGACGAUACUAUAAGACUCCUGAAUUACCUAGGAGAAAAAGGAUUGCGGGUGCCCAAGAAGAAACUGCAAUUUGUCGAGAAGGAAACAACAUAUCUCGGACACAGAGUCAGUAAAGGGCACCGCCAAAUAACCCCAGAAAGAAUAGCGGGAAUAACUAAAAUACCGCUUCCCAGGACAAAGAAGGAAAUAAGACAAUUUCUGGGCUUAGUGGGCUAUUGCCGGAUUUGGAUAGAGAAUUAUACCUCCCUGGUGAAGUUUAUGUACGACAAAUUGGCAAAGGAAGACCGGGGAAUAAUCAGCUGGACCGAAGAAGAAGAACAGAAGUUCAGGAAAAUAAAAGGGCAACUAAUUCGGGCCCCGGUAUUAACACUGCCAGCACUGGAAAAGCCCUUUCAGCUGUAUGCAACAAACAAUGAAGGAACUGCGUUAGGAGUACUAACCCAAGAAAAAGGAGGAAAGCGGCAACCUGUGGCCUUUUUAUCAAAAAUUUUAGACCCGGUAUCCCGGGGAUGGCCGACGUGCACACAAGCCGUAGCGGCAGCAGCCGUACUAGUAGAAGAAGCACGGAAAUUAACCUUUGGGGGAAGAAUGACGGUGUAUACCCAGCACUCCGUUAGCACCCUCUUAGCCCAAAAAGCUCAGCGGUGGUUGACGGACUCUCGCAUACUGAAAUACGAAACCAUUCUGAUGGUCGGGGAUGAUUUAAGCUUUGAAAAGAACAAUAGUUGUAACCCGGCACAGUUCUUAUACGGGGAAUCAACAGGGGAGGAAACCGAGCAUAACUGCGUGGAGCUAACAGACCUUCAGACAAAAAGUAGGGAAGAUCUACAAGAAGUUCCCCUAAUUGAAGGCGAGGAACUAUAUAUCGACGGCUCCUCCAGAUGCAUCAAUGGGGUACGACACAGUGGAUAUGCUAUUAUACACGGGAGGACUAGGGAGACGGUGGAGUCCGGCCGGCUCCCAGGUAAUUGGUCAGCCCAGUCUUGUGAACUAUAUGCCUUGCAGAGGGGACUGCAACUGUUAAGAAACAAAAUAGGCACUAUAUACACCGAUUCUAAGUAUGCCUAUGGAGUGGUACACACCUUCGGAAAGAUUUGGAAAGAACGGGGGUUGAUAACAGCCAGAGGAAGGGAAUUAGCUCACGAACAAAUGAUAAGCAUGACUCUGGAAGCUCUAACAUUACCUCAAGAAAUUGCAGUGGUUCACGUUCCAGGACAUCAACGAGGAACAGCCCCGGAAGCAAUAGGAAACCGGCUCGCAGAUGAAGAAGCCAAGCGGGCAGCAAUGGAAAAAACGGUCCGACUUCUAACCCUGAUACCAAUAAGGGAAGGGCUUAACAAACUACCAGUCUUCACCCAAGUAGAAAUAGACGCUAUGAGCCAGCUGGGAGCCCGACAAAUAUCAGAAGGCGAGUGGAAGACCCCCGACGGACGGCAAGUACUGAAUAAGGAAGUAACUCGUCAUAUACUGCAACAACUACACCAACAAAGCCAUUGGGGAGUGCAAGCUAUGUGCGACACUAUCCUAAGGGACUAUGUUUGUAAAGGGAUAUUCACACUAGCUCAACAGGAGGUGUGGGGCUGUUACAUCUGCCAAAAGAAUUGCGCAGGAAGGGGUUACUCGCACAAACCCCACCUCUGGACUUCGCACUCCACCGAACUCAGCCCGGUGACUGGGUCCUGAUUAAGACUUGGAAGCCAGAGAAGUUACAGCCGCAGUGGGAAGGCCCAUUCCAGGUGCUACUGACCACCGAAGCCGCAGUAAGGAAAAAGGAAAAAGGGUGGACCCACGCCGCGAGAAUCAAGGGACCCGUACAGCCCGAAGAAGGUGCAGAAUGGACUUGCGUCCAGGGAGAAGACCCGAUGGUGCUAAAGCUCAAAAGACGGACAGAAUGAACUUUGGGACUGUAAUGUAUAUACUGCUAUUGUUGAGAAGCGCUGAAGGGGGAUGUGAUAAGUGCAGGACGACGGUAAGGGUGGGCAAGACUGUUUUUCCGGGGUCCUUUGUAUCACACUCGCAUGUAAACGAGAAAUGUUAUGACUACAACAAAAAGGAGGAGUAUGUGGAAAGUUUAAUCUAACCAACUGCUGCUUAAAGAUAGAUGACAACGGAAAGGUGGUUCAAAAAAUAUCAGAUAAAAUAAGGAAACUGGCCCACGUGCCGGUACAGACCUUGAAGCCGCUGGGGUAUUGGGACUGGCUGGACAGAUGGUUGAAAGGAGGCUGGUGGCGAACCGCUUUAGGGGUUAUAGGAGGGGGAUUGAUGGUCCUCCUUCUGCUACCAUGUCUGAUCCCCUGCUUGCGGGAGCUAGUAGCUCGGGUGGCAAGACAAGUCAUGCAACCAGGGGCCCCAGCUGAUCUUGUUCAGGUACUCCUACAAAGGGAAAUAGAGCUAGAGGAAGAAGCCUAUGUAAACCCGUGGCAAAAGCCCAACUGAUAGCACAUUCUAAAAAGAAAAAGGGUGGAUUGAGAGAAAUGAUUCUUAAGGAGUCCAUUUAGAAUGUGCUGACACAGAAAGAACGUGCAAAGCAACUUGCAGGGCAACGUAUAAACCAAUUUGCAAAAUCAGGAUGAAACAAUAGCUUGCUGAUUAAAGAAGCGAUACGGGUAACGGGAAGACAUGCUUAACGGUUGAACAAUAACGGUGUUAAUGUGCUGAGGCUGAUAAGUGGGCCAAAGGGUAAUCACAUUUGUAAUUUUGUAAUGAGAUUAAGGAAGAAUGUCUGCACAGCACACGGGUGCAACUCACAAAGUCAUAAACAAGUAGGGUAUAAAAAACUGUGCAAAGUGUAAUUCGGCACUCAAUCUAGCAGGAGCUGGUUGGGUCCGACUCUGCAGACUCGAAAAAUAAAGUUUACCGUUCUGCAAAUUGCUGAGACUCAGUGUGUUUCUGACACUAUCCUAUCCUAUCCAGUGUUACAACUGAACCUGCACCGACCACUUCCACCAGGAACUCGUCCCACAUUCGCACCCCUCUCCGAGCGGCAUAAUUCAUUUCAGAUUCUCCUGAAAUAUUUCACCUUUCACUCUGAACCUAGUUCCAGUCUCACCCAACUUGAUGGGGAAAAGUCCUGCUAGUGUUCACUCUAACAAUUGCCCUUAUUUCAUAAUAGCCACCUCUCACUCAUUGAAACUGCAGAGAGCAGGGGAACAUUGUGGUUAACUUGUGCCACGACGGUGAUGGAUCUACGGUCCUAAGCACAUCAUCUACACUGGUGUGGCACAGCCUCCCCAAGGUUCCAUCCAGAGGAAUCUGUCUCUAGACUUCGUACAACACAGGAACAGGCACUCUUGCCAACACAUUGUCCAACCGUUACAGCUACCAGCAGCCUCGCUGAUAGAGCACAGACUAGUCUCAUACACAGGCCAGGGCUGUACCUGUUGAUUAUACAAAAGCCAACACAGUAAAUAUUGAUGAAUACACAGACCUGUGGGACCACAA